CCUCGGAGGGCGGCAAGAUGGCGGCCGCGCGGCGUCUGGGUGCGGCGCUGGGGGGCCGCUUUUGUCAUUUGGGAUUAAAGAGCACAAAUGUAUCAAUUAAACAACCCCAGCGUUUUGUUACACCACACAAAUCUUUCCUGUUUCCUGCAGUGCCACAGAUGUCAGUGAGGUCUCUAUUUAUUCAGACGCAGGAGACUCCAAAUCCAAACAGCUUAAAGUUUAUUCCAGGGAAACCAGUCCUGGAGUCCAGAACGAUGGAAUUCCCGACUCCUGCUUCCACCUACUGCUCUCCGUUAGCAAGACAGCUCUUUCGGAUUGAAGGCAUUAAAAGCAUAUUUUUCGGAACAGACUUCAUUACUGUCACAAAGGAAAGUGAGGAUGUGGAUUGGAACUUAAUAAAGCCCGAUAUCUAUGCCACUAUUAUGGACUUCUAUGCUUCGGGCUUGCCCAUUGUUACAGAAGAGGCCCCUCGUACAGAUACAGCCCCAUCUGAAGAGGACGAUGAAGUUGUAUUAAUGAUAAAAGAGCUGCUGGAUACCAGAAUCAGGCCAACCGUUCAGGAGGACGGGGGAGAUGUCAUCUUUAAGGGCUUUGAAGACGGGAUCGUGCAGUUGAAACUGCAGGGCUCGUGCACCAGCUGCCCCAGCUCCAUCGUCACAUUAAAGAACGGAAUACAAAACAUGCUGCAGUUCUAUAUUCCAGAGGUGGAAGGUGUGGAGCAGGUUGUUGAUGAUAAUGAAGAAAAAGAAGUGAAGUCAACCUGAAUCAGGGAGAGCCCUGGACCGAGGGCAGAAAUUAUCUGGCUGGUGGGUUUGUCUAAAUUGGCCCAAACGCAGUUUCUUCAUUGGGCCGAUUCAAUUUUUGUUUCAUUGUAUAAGAAAACAAGCGAAUAAUAAAAAUGUGGCCCAUCUUUGCUUUCCAUGAGCAAAAAGAGGAAAGCAUACAGAAUAGGCAUGUUCCUAACAGUUUCUAAAAUACUUUCUUCCUCCCUUGGAUUCAAUUUUUUCUCAAGUUUAUCUCCAGUUAUCUUCCUGAGUAUCAAUCAUCUAUUUAUUUAGCAGUCUUUCUCUCGUUGCACUGUAAUCACUUUCUGGAGAUGAUUUGGUCAUACGAGCAUUGCAUUUUCCCCUGGUACUUAGAUUCCAAGAAUAUUUUUUUAAAUUGUGCUCUCAUCAGGAGGUUUAAAUUUUUUCAUUUUUUAAAAAUGCCCAUGGGUUCAAUAAACUAUUACUAAUACCUUGGU